AUGUCCUUCCCGCACUUUGGACACCCUUAUGGCAGCGCUUCCCAGUUUCUGGUGUCUGCAAGUUCCAACGCCACUUGCUGCGAAUCCGCCCCGCGCUCGGUCCCAGAUGUGGCCUCAGGCUCCACCCCGGCGGCCGCGCUCUGCUUCGCACCCUACGACAGUCGGCUGCUGGGCAGUGCGAGGCCCGAGCUGGGCGCGGCCUUGGGCAUCUAUGGAGCUCCCUACUCGGCCGCUGCAGCUGCCCAGAGCUACGCAGGCUACCUGCCCUACAGCCCGGAGCCGCCCACGCUGUACGGGGCGCUGAAUCCACAGUAUGAAUUUAAGGAGGCUGCAGGGAACUUUACACCCGGCCUGGCACAACCAGCAGCCUAUUAUCCCUAUGAGCAGAGCCUGGGGCAGUACCAGUAUGACCGGUACGGAGCGGUGGAGUUGGGUGGCGCUGGGCGCAGAAAGAAUGCCACCCGGGAGACCACUAGCACGCUCAAGGCCUGGCUGAACGAGCACCGCAAGAACCCCUACCCCACCAAGGGCGAGAAGAUCAUGCUGGCCAUCAUCACCAAGAUGACCCUCACCCAGGUGUCCACCUGGUUCGCCAACGCGCGCCGGCGCCUCAAGAAGGAGAACAAGAUGACUUGGGCGCCCAAGAACAAAGGCGGGGAGGAGAGGAAGGAGGAGGGUGGAGCAGAGGAAUUGCUGGGCUGCCUAAAUGGUGACACCAAAGAUGUUUCUGCUAGCCAGGAGGCUCGGGGGCUGAGUGACCUGGAAGACCUGGAGGAAGAAGAGGAAGAGGAGGCGGAUGAAGAGGAGGCAGUGGCCACAGCUACGGACAGGCUGGCUGAGCUCCAUCAAGACACUCAGUCGCCGCCGGCGGCACAAGGUGCCGCAGCUCGAGAGGGCCGGCUGGAGCGCAGGGAGUGCAGUCUGGCGGCGCCCCGCUUCUCGUUCACUGAGCCCCCCAGGUCGGGAGAAACCGACUUCCUGCGGGCCGAGCCAGGAGGCCGCACUUUGACCAUGCACUACCCCCGCAGCGAGAAACCGCGCAUCUGGUCUCUGGCGCACACUGCGGCAGCCAGCGGCGUCGAAGGGGCACCUCCAAACCUGUCCAGGCCGCGAAGUCCUGAGUGCCAUCUGAUUCCCGGACAGCCUCCAGGCCCCGGCGCGCGACCCGCGGUCCCCAGGGACUCCGCGUGCGAAGAGUCUUCCCGAGUAGCCAAAGCCUUUGGAAACCCCUCGUUUGCCCAACAGGGCCUGCCUCUGGACUGUGCGCCGUGCCCGCGGAGGAGGGCGCCGGCAGUGCGGUGCCAGUACCAGUCGGGCGCAGAAGAGGAAGCCAGCUGGCUCCUGCUGUUCGGGUACCAAGACUUUGCUAGGGCUAGGCAGGCCAACCAAUGGGAGCUGACGAGCGAGGAAGGGGGCUUUGUCCCCCUGGCUAGCAGCGUCUGGAGUAGGGCUGGGGAGUGCGGGGGCGGAGAUGAGAGAUCUAAAGAUGCCGAUGCCAGCCCUGAGUUCGUGUCCUCGGCGCAGUGGCUUCGGCUUUAG